AUGCGAUCAUACGAGUACAGCGGAGAGGAGACAGCUAAUAUGAUUGGGCUUGAUUUAAUGGAAUCCCUGGGGUUGACUCGAAGACAAAUCAGUGAAAUCUUUGGUCACAUUGCAUAUGAUGGAGUUUGUGCAAGCACAAAAGAGAGAACAAGGUACAAGAUCAGUACAAAGGCCGAUUUCCAUUCAGUGCAAAAAAAUCGCGCGAUCGACUUUUUGCGAUCGCUUUCUUUUGAAAUGUGUGCAGUCAACCACAGCUAAUGAGAUUUGUUCCGCUUGACUGUUUGUAUUUCAAAAGAAAGCGAUCGCUAAAAAUCGAUCUCACGACAUUUUGCACUGAAUGGAAAUUCGCCUUUAGGAGGAAUAAGACGUUCACUGUUACAGUAACACUUCUACUGUUGUACGUCAGUGAUAACUUAAUAUUUGCUAAUUAACCUAAUUUUAAUAUUACUUUAAUUCCUAUAUCCAGAUCCUAGAAAUUUAGUAAUUUGCACAAGUGACAACUAACGUACAGUACAUAUUACAAGUACUCUCAGUACUUAAUAGUUUUUCAUAGGUUCAUUUCAUAUUUGAUACUCCCCAGGGGAGGAGGAUCUCUAUCACUUGUCUAUCACUUUUUCCGCUGGUGUGGUCUGGGUCCUGAUGAUCUCUCUGGACACUGGGAUAUGGGCCAUCUUCUGCAACUAGUCUAUGGCGAUGUACUUCUAAAGGAUAAGGAUGUUGAUCGUUUCAACACCUUGAUGUAUACGCACAUGACUAAUCAUAGAUCUGGACAAUCUGGUUGCUAUUUCAAGGAGGUAGCUAUGGAGCUAAAUCAUGCUGUUCUGACAAACAAAUCUAAGCAAGAAACUAGGUGGGUGCGCUCAGAACUCAGGUUUUUGCAAGCUUGGUAUCGAAAUCCACCAACUAUCAUCCAUAUUAUCUCAAGCUGGGAAGAAGCAGCUUGUAGGUCAGGAAAUGCAACAUUAUAAAAGCAUGCUUGUUUGAUGUUACUCUGAGUGUAUAUUCACACCGGGCAGGCUUGAAAAAUAUGCCCGGCCACGGUGGGAUUCGAACCUACGACCUUUGGAACACUAGCCCAAUGCUCUGCCAACUGAGCUAUGCGGUCAGGUCGGUUCGAGUAUGCGAUAUUUCGGAACUGAGUCUAGUUCCUUCGAUAUCAGUGUAAUCUAAUAAUCAUGAUAUUUGCUGUGUUGGUGUAAUGUACUCAGGUGAAUAAGAUGCUUGUGAUGUUACUCGCAAGGCUUAAACCUUUUCCCCACCACUGUUGCAUCUGCUUCCUUGAAGAUGUGUGCUGAUUUAAACUGAAGACCUCAGUGAUGAAUGGAAGUGGCCCAACGAAGAUCUGAAACUGGCUGAAACAGAAAACCCUAUGCAAAUCAUACAGAAUCUAGAAAAGGGCAUAUAUAAACCACAUCUCAGUCAAGCAGUGAAAAUCGACGCAACAAGAAGGAUUAAUGUACAAAUCCAUGAAAAUGAGAGAUUUCGGGAUUCAGUUGCUGAUGUAGAUGAUACUGUACAGGAUCUUUUAAAAUUAAACUGUAACAAGGUAACAACGUCAGACCUAAACAUUCCAGAAAUCCCCGUUACAGGAUUUGAAGCACAGGACCGAAAUGAAGUAGAAAAUAAAUUGAAGAAUUUGUGUGGAAAUUUGUGUGGAAAUUUGGUAAAAGCCUUCAAUGAGAGAGUGCAAGUACCGAAGCUUAUAAAAGAUUCAAUUACUUGCUUUGCAACAGAUAAUGUACAUAAUGAGCACGAGCAGGCGAAUCAACUGCAGCAGAUUGUGAACGAAAUUAAAGGACCCAAGGCAGAAAAUUUUCAAGACACUACUGACUCCUGUCUUGUUGGUCUCAAGAUGUUUAAAGACUUUGCAAAGAAUGAGAGAAAUAAGACACCACAAUUAGACUUGAAGAAGUAUACAAGAAAUUCAUUGGCCAGUUUUGUAUUCCACAGAUCAAAGUCUUCAGAGAGCUAUUUGAAUUUAUCCAAAUUAGAACGUACAGUGAGGCAAUUUGUGAGACAAUUGGUUCCAUAA